CGUUCAAUAUAAAGUUCAAGAUUGAAUUACCUUCUAGCGGUAAACUUUAUCCACAUUUUUGUAUGUCUGUUUAUAAUUGUCAUCUACUGUUAACGUCAAUUUCUAAAGAUAUUGGAUAAUUUGGCUGAUAGUGAGUUACCGGCAUGUUUACAACAUUUAUGUGUACCUGUUACGUUUAUGUCUAUUACGUCAUUGAAUUAUGCGUUCUACGUCAUUGAUUUCUCGUGGGCGUUUUUCUUAUUGGUAAACAUUGGGUUUUUGACAGUUGACAGACGAUGUUUUACAGAUUAUGUCAUAUCUUAGAAUGUCUGUUAACAGCAACACAAGACCUAUUGAGGCAUGCAACUCUAGAGGGAGAGUGUAUAAAUGUAACAGCUGCACAGUGAAUCAUUAUAUGGGCGAAAGGAGCAAAGUGCUACAACACUUCUAUAGAAAACAUGUUGCCCUAGAUAAUGUACCUUUCUACUGUAGUAUUUGCAAAUUUGUAACUUUGUCCAAAACUGAACUGGAGAAUCAUGUGAAACAAAGUAUAUAUCCUGCGCACAGAGCGACUGUAAAUGCUAUGAUGGCGAAUAAUGAAAUUGUUAACGAAAGCGCAAGUUUGUUGCAGAACAUGAAACACUAUUUGGUAACUGAGAAUGACAUAACAAGAUUAAGCAAAGAAGAAAGUAAUGAUAUAUUUAGUAAAAGAAGACGCAACAAAGCUGUUGAGAAAAUAUCGAUAUUACAACAGGCGGCAAUAAUGAGUGGAAUUGAAACAAAAUCCAAUUAUACAGAGGACAUUUUACCCCAAAUGUUAAAUGGAGCAGACCUUUCACCAUUUAGUCUACAUGAAGACCCCUUAAUAAAUACUAAAUAUGUGGCUGAAAAAUCAUGUAGGACAAUUAACAGUUCAAAAUCCAGCACAACAAGCUCAUAUUGUAGCAGCAAUGAAAAAGUAUGUGAGAAAUGCUCAGAAUACGAGAAAGAAAACAAAAUGCUAAAAAAUGAUGUUCACACAAUGGGAAUAGUUUUAGAACAGGUAUUAAUUGAAAUGAAAGACAUAAAAGAAAUGAUCAAAGAUGUAAAAAAUGAAAAAUCAACAAGAGAACCACAUACUGAAAGCAAAACUAGCCACAAAAUACAUGUCCCAAGUUCAUACAUGAAAGAAAACUUCAACAACAACAACAACUUCAGACCCAGAUAUAACAAUUACCAUGCUCAUCCUAGGAGACACACCAUAUCAUUGGAUCCUUACCAAAAGAGGAUAAACAAGCAUAUCAGAUUUUAAAGAAAACAAUGUUUUUUUUAAAAAAAAGACAAAGACACUCAGGGUAUAUUUUGUUUUGAAAUUAAGUAUAAGUAUUUAAUAUAGUGACAUUUUGUGUGAAGGAAAUAUUAUUAAUCUUAUACAGUUAUAAUGUUUCGUGUAAUCUUUAUUGACAGAAUUAUAUUGACAUAAUUGUUAGUUUAAUUGACUACUUAAAUAUCUUAAACUUGUUAUUGUUCAUUGAAAAAUAUUUUCUUUAGUGUUCAUGUUAUAUAUGAAAUAUUGUUUGUUUUUAAUGAAUCUACACAAUUUGUUUUUUUUAAGAGUAUAAACUAUACUCUUUAUUUACUUCUUGUACAUGUAAGUUAAUAUGUAAGACUUACACCUUUAAAGGCACACAACUUGUUUUUUUUUGUGAGGACACAAAAUUUUUAAAAGGAGGGGGUAAUGCAGGGAUCAGGUGAUCUAAUAAUUCACCUGCUUACUUUAUUCUUUAAUUGAGUAUUUUUAUGUGCAAACUCCGUAUAACUUAAUGGUUUUAAAAGUGGGUGGGGUAUUGUUUACAUUAUUUUUAAUCUCAGUGAUAAAGCUUUUACCGUUCAAUAUAAAGUUCAAGAUUGAAUUACCUUCUAGCGGUAAACUUUAUCCACAUUUUUGUAUGUCUGUUUAUAAUUGUCAUCUACUGUUAACGUCAAUUUCUAAAGAUAUUGGAUAAUUUGGCUGAUAGUGAGUUACCGGCAUGUUUACAACAUUUAUGUGUACCUGUUACGUUUAUGUCUAUUACGUCAUUGAAUUAUGCGUUCUACGUCAUUGAUUUCUCGUGGGCGUUUUUCUUAUUGGUAAACAUUGGGUUUUUGACAGUUGACAGACGAUGUUUUACAGAUUAUGUCAUAUCUUAGGUAAUUGCUUUUAUUAUGUAAUAUUUUGUAUAUCCUGUUUAAUUGAACUUGAAAGAUAAUCUUUGAAUAUGUUUGUAUGUAUUUCUGCAGAAUUCUGCUGAAUUCUGCCACUGUUAUUUAUGACAUCACACUUUCUGCCAAAUUCUGCAAUUCUAGCGGAAUUCUUCUAGUAUAAAUAGAGAUGUUUUCGAAUAUGAAGUCAGAUUAGAUUCAGAUGAGAUUCAGAUGAGAUUGAGAUUGAGAUGAGAUUGAGAUGAAAUUAGAUUGAGAGAUGAGAUUGAGAUAAGAUUAGAUUGAGAUUGAAGUUGACUCUGAGAAUUCAGAGAUAAAAGUUAGUUCUGAUAAUUCAGUAAUAAAUAAGUUGAUUAUUGGGGUGGAAAAUAGAAUAAGAUAACAUUGAUACAUUGUAAAUGAAUAUCAGAACAUAAAAUAGAAAGAUAAUUUAACAGAGAUAUUAAUUGAGAAUAGAAUCUAAUAGAAAUUGUGAAAAGAAGAGAUAUAGUUUAUAAAUGACUAUUAUUGAUAGAUGUUAAAGACAUAAUUAUUUUUAUAUAUGAUAUUUGUUCUAACUGUUCAAUAAAUAUUCUUACAUUUUAAAAGUUUAAACAAAGACUUUUCCUAUUUAUAUCCAUUUAUUUAAAGAUUGUUUAAACCCCAAACAGUGUUGCGACUUAUACGCUACCAAAGUAAAAGUUUAAAAUAUGAAAGUCGCCACAAAAUA